UGUAUUGAAUGCUACAGUGAAUAUCAGUAGGAUGCAGAAUGUGAAUGUAACUGUAUUUCUGGAUUGACAGGGGUCUGUUGGAGGUCUUGCAGCUUGACUUUGAGACCAAGGAGUUGACUGAGCAACAAUUAGAGAGCCAGAUGAUCACAUGGCGUUUGGAAACAGGACACAUCAAGGAUGUUGGCGUCAUGAGGAUCUAUACCACCCAGAGAGACUACGUAGGCCUGACACCACUGGUCAUGGACAGUGAUGUGCUGAACACAGCUGUUCUGACUGGUAAGAAAGUGUCUGCCCCAGUCAGGACUCUGGCUGUGGAGGCUGACGGCACUGUCACCGAUGUCACCAACUAUACCAACUGCAGGUCCACUGACGAGAACGUGCUGAAGGUGUCGGAUCGUUGUGACUAUGUGUUUGUUAAUGGGAAGGAGACAAGGGGGAGGAUGAGGAUGGUGCUCAACUUCACCUACAGCUACCUGAGUGCCCAACUGGAGAUGAGUGUGUGGAUGCCCCGCCUCCCCCUGCUUAUCGACAUAGCCAACCCCGAACUCAGCCAGAUCAAGGGCUGGAGAGUCCCCGUGGCCGCUGGCAACAAGAGGACCAGCUGGGACAGUGAGGAAGAGGAGGAGAUGAGGAAGAGCAGAGGCUGCAUGCUACAGUACCAACACACUGUGGUCAGGGUGCUCACACCCUUUGUGGCCGAGCCGUCGGACCCAUCUCCAGACCCCAUGGUAGGGGGAUUGGGAGGGUCUCUGGAGACUUUCCUGGGGCCAGACUGGCAGGUGGAUGUCACCAGGCUGGUGCGCUACUCUCUCAGGGUAGGAGACCAAUCUAUAGCCAGACUACAGGCUGGGACUGUACUGCAGGGACGCGCUGCAGGGACCACCACUCUACAGGUGAUGUCUCCUCUGUCUGACUCGAUCCUGGCUGAGCGGAUGGUCAGGGUUCUGGAAGACAAAGUGAGUGUGACAGAGCUGGGAGUGCAACUGGUCUCUGGCCUCUCUCUGUCCCUCCAGCUCAGCCCAGGGAGAAACAUGGCCAUCUUUGCCACGGCUACAAUACAGGAAGUCAUGCAGAGACCCAAACAGGAGGCACUGGUCAGCUGCUGGAUCCAGUUCAGCGACGGCUCAGUGACCCCUCUGGACCUCUUUGACCGCAGCGUCUACUCCCUGACUGUGACCUCCGGGGACAAGAGUGUGGGGACCGUGCGCCGGACCCCCCAGUCAGCAUUUGUGGUGGCGGAGGGUGAGGGUCAGGGGGUGCUGGUGAAAGCUGAGCUGAGGAUCUGUGAGGAGUGCCAGAAGUCUAAGAGGAAGAGCAAGCUGGUGGUGGGCAAUGGGCUUCUUAGGGUCACUUUCCAGAAAGGCAGCAGGAUGGACGGAGGGGUCACUGGUGGUGGUGCUACUGGCUAUGGCAGUGAAGGUUCAGAGUCAGAGGUAGAGCCUGAGCCAGUCAUGACAUCACCACGGGAACUCACGCCAGUUGUGACCUCACCACGGGCUCUGACCGAGGGAGACGGAGACAGACGCUCGUUCAGGAGCACCGUGCCAGACUGCCAGGACAGCACUGUAACUGAUGUCACCACGUCAACAGCCAGGGAUCAGAAAGUGGCUGGAGGUGGCAUCUCUACCAUCAGAGAGGGCAUCAGCAGCACCACCACCAACACUGAUAGUAGUACCACCAUCAGGGGAAAACCUGGCAUGGACAAACCUCAGGUGUCUGGCAGACCUGGCAGAGACAGAAGCCUGGGCAGAGGACAGGGGCUGAGGAGAGACUGGGGGAACCUGGUGGAAAACCCCAACCAGAAGAAAGAGAUGCCCAAAGCAGAGGCACCACCCCAGAAAGAGCAGCCCAAGCCACCCCAGGUGGUGGAGAGUGACCUGGUGAAGACGUUCAAAGCCAUGUCAGACCUGGAGAUUGGCAUCUUUGCGCUGGUGGGAGUCUCUGUCCUGGCCAUCCUGGCCUUCCUACUCAACUGCGCCUCCUAUAAUCUCUGCUUCCGGGUCAACAAGACCCCUGCCCAGGGCAACCCAGACCCCAACGGCCCCAAGGAGCAUAGGCACGACUGGGUGUGGCUGGGGACCAGCACAGGGCCAGCGCCGCACAACCCACCCCAGGUCUCCACCAUCAAACGGGAGAACCACGGCUCUAUUGAGUCCCACUGCAGCCUGCAGAGACAAUGCUCCACAGAUAGCCACCGGGCUCUGGAGAGCAGCCUGAGUAUGAGUGCUAUCCCAGAGAGGACUGCCACCUUGGGUAGGAGGAGCAGCUCCCAGCAGGUUCCCACCCUGGACCCCAUGGCUCAGGGUUCAGCCACCCUCCUAGCCAAGCCAACCCGCAGGGAUCCACUCCACUCCCCCACCAGCAAGAGGAAUCAGGUCCAGUUCACCACCUUCACCACACUGGACAUUAAGCACUUGGCUGCCCUGAAGAGGAACGGAGUGGACUUUAACUGGGCCAGUCAGGCUGGGGGAGCUGGGGAGCCUAAGGGGCCACUACCUGACAUGCUAUGGCCUGUAGUCACACCCCUGGGCCAACCACAGUGAUACUCCACAUGGGUUCUGUGUGUGUGUGUGUGUGUGUGUGUGUGUGUGUGUGUGUGUGUGUGUGUGUGUGUGUGUGUGUUCUGAACCUGUUUAAGUGUUUAAAUGUGUACAACUUAGUGAGGAUACACUUUCUAGUACACAUGGAGUAUACACAUAUUAAUAGGUGUAAGGUCUCUUCCUUUCCAUUAAGUCACACACAUGACCAAAUUACCAAAUUAAUGACCAGACCUCAUUAAUACGGGAUGGUGAAAAGUGUUGUAUGCUUAUAACUGCAAAUAAUGUACUGUAUAUUUCUACAGAUUAUUGUUUACACAUUUCUAACUGUUUAAAUGCAUUUAAUUACUGUUUCAUUUCAUGUCACUUUUGAACAUUUGUAUGGGAAAAUGCAUCAUGAUAUAUUUGUAUGUGGUUAUACACUUUCCAGGCUUUGUAUAUUUCUAUGACUCCUCAACAGAAUAGCUUUAGAGUUUGUUCAAUUUGUCAGAGAAAAUGCAAUAUUUAUAAAAUAUAUUAUUGUAAAGUUAUUUUAUGCAUACCCCCCUUUUCAGUGGAUAUUUAUUCAAAUUGUAUGUGUUAUACAAAUACAGUUCAGAGUUUGAAUUUAAU